GGGAGGAGUCCGUGGGGCUACCAAUGAAGACCCCGUCGAGCGCAGGGAUUCCAGUCUUCAAGAGGGUUUGGUAGUGAGUGGGUCGAACUACCCUGGGAUAUUAUAUACUUUAUAUUUGUGUAAAUAGCUCCUAUUUUAUAAAACAGAAUGGCAGACAAGGAGGAACAAGUACAGCGGGCAAAACUCGCAGAACAAGCCGAAAGGUAUGAUGAUAUGGCUGCAGCCAUGAAACAGGUUACAGAAACUGGGGUCGAAUUAUCAAACGAAGAACGAAACCUUCUGUCAGUUGCCUACAAAAAUGUUGUAGGUGCCCGAAGAAGUUCGUGGCGAGUCAUAUCAUCAAUAGAACAGAAAACAGAAGGGUCAGAGAGGAAGCAACAAAUGGCAAAAGAAUACAGAGAAAAGGUCGAAACAGAGUUAAGAGAAAUUUGCCAGGAUGUUUUGGGUCUACUUGACAAGUUCCUCAUCCCCAAGGCCUCUAACCCUGAAUCUAAGGUAUUUUACUUGAAGAUGAAGGGUGAUUAUUAUAGGUACCUGGCUGAAGUAGCUACAGGAGAUGCACGAGCGGUCGUGGUGGACGACUCUCAGAAGUCGUACCAAGAAGCCUUCGACAUCGCUAAGUCCAAGAUGCAGCCAACACACCCCAUAAGGUUGGGUUUGGCUUUGAACUUCUCAGUGUUCUACUACGAGAUUCUCAACUCCCCAGACAGAGCGUGUCACUUAGCCAAGCAGGCGUUUGAUGACGCAAUAGCGGAACUAGAUACGUUGAAUGAAGACUCCUACAAGGACUCUACGCUCAUAAUGCAGCUAUUGCGAGACAACCUAACGCUGUGGACGAGUGAUACACAGGGCGAAGGGGACGAGGCUAAUGAUGGCGGCGAUCAAAACUGAUGAACGCAACCCCUAAUAGCAGGCUCUACUCGACCCUCUUCACUCGUACCUACAAGUGCUGAUGCUGCCGCCUAAGGGUCGAUCAUUCCUCACAGCUCCUCCCUCUAGACACCACCUAUGUCGCUGAACAUUGUAGUCGGAGUACUGCCCUACGGCGGUUGGGCGGCACGCUCCUCUGACACUACGCUCACCAGCUCUCGAUACUCACCCAUAGAAGGGCCUCGUCGAUCAACCAUCACCAUCCCUUUCGACGGCCACAGCCUUCUUUUCCUCUCGGCCUUUGCUGGCUGUACUAACAGACCCCCCUUAAUUGAAAAUGCCUGAGGGGUCUUAUUUUGUCUUCAUAGUUUGAUUAAAAAAAGAAAAAUUCUCCCAGUGCGUUUGUGACUCACCGUGGAGGAGCACGUUCCCCCAGCUGUUGUAAUAACAAUCGUGUGCAGAGACUACAGUUUAAAGCGUGAUGUGCGUGUCACAGCUCUUCACUUUUUGCCAUCCUAGAUAGAGAAAGAAAGCAAUUGCGAGAGAGAGACUGUGAAGUGAUUGAAAGACAGUGGGACCUAUUUUCUUGUUUAGAGCUCUCUGGGCCAACGUGGAGAGACAAUUAAAUCAUUUUUGAUAGUGUGAAAACAACGCUUGGGUCGGCUGGCCGCUGCUCUUCCCGGGGCCGGUCAGCCAGACUGCAUUACUUACAUUGCUAAAUAUGAACCACUUAGCAUUUUGUACUUCCCAAUGGGGUCGGGCUCCCUCGGUCCCGCCUCUUUGUAUGUAACAUUGCGUAACGACAGUCAGAGGACAAACCAACAAGUAUGAGACUGUUCUGUAUUCAUUCGUCAGUGCAUUCAUGUGGUUGUAGCAAAAGGUAAAUUGUAAUAAGUGUAAUUGUUAUAGAAUACCUGGCUUCUUGAGGGUCUAAAUUACGUUCACUAAAGUCAUUAUUGAGCUUUAAAGAUGGCCAGGGAGAAAUUCACUCGAAUGUUACAGCCCAUGAGCACUGUACAUUUAAGAUUAAUACUGUAUUAUUGGUUUCUUAGAUGUGACCCCCUUCGAAAUUGAGCUGAUUUCUGUUUUGUCGUGGCCAGUUGGUGUCUACAAGAUCAAUAAAUAAACUUAAAUGCGGUAGAAGCAGUAAUUGACUUUGUUGGAUGUAAUAAGCAUGGAGUAUGUGAAUGGAAGUUGAUUAUAAUUUUAUUUUAUUAAUUUUUUAUGUACUGAAAAUUAUUUGCGUCGCUCUUGAGGAUGUUCGGCGUCAAGGGGAGCUUAUAAGUUAAUAGGCUCGGGAAGCAAUUUCAUGUCACCAUCAGAAGGGCAGAAUUUCAUUGGUUGAUUACCAUCCUAAAGUUUUGAUCAGGAUAGUUGUGAUGCCACUUUAGCACGGGAGCAAAAUGUACAUGUCACUCAUCAUAUCCAAUCAGAUUCAUUUUGAUCAUUUCGCUUAACUGUAUAAUCAUCAGUGUAAAUAUUCCCUUUCAAGCUCUCCUGACGCCGGGAGUUCUCAAUGUGCUUUUUUUUUGGUUUUUGUUUAAUGAAGAACAUGUGAACUGAGGAGCUUUGUUUUUCUCUGGGUUUGUACUUAUUCACGAUGAUUGUAAUAGGCCAAGCACACUCGGGGGCAUUCCAAGAGGAACGGGGGGCAAGCAAGUCAAUCUGCCCAUCAGUUCCUCCAUUAUUCAUUGGGCUCGUGAAAAAUCUGCCCACCCCCAGGUUAUACUAUUUAACAUGAACGUCAAGGAAAUUUUAUUAGAACAUUUUAUUUUUAAUCUGCAUUGUCAAGAUCCUCCCCGUAAUUACGUAUUGGUAAUAAUUAAAAGAUAUAUAAAUAUAUAUUAUAUUAGCAAGUGGCCGGCGCAUCAGAUCGACUGCCAAAUGAGAUGUUUAAGAAAGCAUUAAAAUGUUUUGGUGGUAGUUUAGGUCUUUCCAAAUUUAACUUUGAAAAAUUCUUGCCCCGUUGUCAAAAUUGCUUUCCUAAAUCAACGUAAUAAACGUUUCAUAUAUA